AUGGAUGCGCAAGGUGUGGAUGUGGGUGCACACCCACACCCACCACGACAACAACAAGAAGCAGCGCCACAGGCUGCGCAAGCACAGGAUGAGCAGCGCGUGGCACGUGGCGCAGCCGGGCAACAAUCCCCUGCCAUCUCACCGGCACAACAACAACAACAGCAGCAGCAACAACAACAGGAAGAAGAAGAACAACAACAACAACAAGAGCAACAACAACAAGAGCAACAAGGACAACAACAGCGUGAGCAGGGGGCAAGGGGUGUGAGGGAGAUUGUGUUGUCGCCAGAGGAGCUGAUUCCAGAUUCGGAGCUGCACACUGUCAAGUACCACGGUCGCUUGCCGCUGCCAAACCUGAGCGUAUCCAACCCGCCAACCAGCGCCACAUGCGUGUCAUCGAUUCGCAACAUUUUGGCGUAUCGCAGCAAGGAAAAGUUCAGGCACGGCUGUGCGAAAUGGCUGCUGUUCCAGGUGUCAUGUCGUCGUGGUCGCGCAUUUGCAUGGCCCGUGCGCGAUGAAGGGAGACAGGGGCUCACACACCAACUGGCGCAAAUUGCAGCCGUGGCAGACUAUGGACCCAUGGUGUGCUACAUUGUCGCCUCUCUCGAUGCCGACAACAUCACCUGCACCGCCCACAUCUUCGAGUGCGAGAGCUUCUAUGCGUCAAGCUACCUGUCCAACGAGCUGGUCAAGGCGUGCCGGGUCAUCUUGGAUGCGCUGCGAAGCAAAGGAUACCUGCGCGACCAGCGGUCCCCCAACGGCGAGCAAGCAGACGGCGGCGACGACAACAACGAAGUUGCCGAGGAGCGGAAGCGCGUGGCAGCGCAGCUGUUGACGCGGGACGUGGAUGUGCUGGCAACUGCGGUGCAGCGUGGAAUGACGCCGUCGCAGCCGCUGCCACGCCGAAGACGCAAGGGAAUGACGCCGUCGCAGCCGCUGCCACGCCGAAGACGCAAGGCAAAACAGACAGCCGGCAUGUACUUUGUCUGCUGCGGGCAGGGCGGCGAUGGAGUCUCACGUGCGCGAGACAGCGACAGGCCACCGCCGUCGACCGCCAGCAGUGUGCGCGAGACAGCGACAGGCCACCGCCAUUUGGAACAACAACAACAACAACAACAACAACAACAACAACAACAACAACAACAACAACAACAACAACAACAACAACAACAACAACAACAACAACAACAACCACAACAUGAGGAGAGGAAAACGGCACGCGAAAUCAUCUUUGUGUCGCCGAAGCGAACCACCAAUACACACAGCGCGACAGCGGCCACAGCAGCGGCUGCACGCGCCACACCUCGCGGAAACCCCAACGACCAAGACAGCAACAUCAUCGGGAGUGGUGGUGGUGGUGACCACACGUGCGGUGGCGCCAGUGCACGUGGUGUUGGCGAAAGCGGGGACCGCCCACGCAGCAGUGAUGGUGUGUACAGGGAUGGUCGUGCACGCGGGCGCGCGCGUGUGGACGCGAGCAGUGCGUUUGAAAGUGGCAACAGUGGCCGGACGGCGUCUGUGAAGAUGAGCGCGCUGCAGCCGGGACACACCGUCUUUGUCGCGGGCCACGGCCUCGGCACCCUCAGAUUUUACGGGCGGAGUCGCGUUGAUGGCGGUGUGAAGCUCAUCGGCGUUGAGCUCAACGAGGCGACGGGCGACUGCGACGGCGCGCACCCAACACACGGCCGAUACUUCACCUGUGCACACAACCGCGGCCUCCUGGUGAGGCAUUAUGUGUGUUAA